AUGUCUAAAUUAAAAUCCGAAAAGGCCGCUACUCGACCAUCUACAAAACAUGGGGAAAAAUUCUCUGGCGCCGACACCUCGUCAGACGUCGAAUCGUAUGCAGGCGUAGAACAAAUUUCGGACUCGGAAGAAGAUGAGCCCAAUGUCGAACAUAUUGAAGAACAAGCCAUUAUAUCUUCUGUAGAUGGCGGUAAUCCACAAUAUAAUCCAGUUCUCGACUUCAAUCAGACCUGGGAAGGUAUCUCUGAGUACACGGAUGGUAUAGAUGAUAUGGUAUUGUUCGGACAGGAUAGUAUUGAAGGAGAGUGGCAAACAAAAACCGAAGAAAUUGUUGCCGACGAGGAAUCUGACGAAUGUACGCCAACUUAUAGAGCAGGUUCGCUUCAUUUUGACAGCUCAGACGACGAGAUUGAAAUGUUUGACGACGUUUUCCCUGACAUAUUUAUUGAUAAAGAUAAACUUGCCUCCUCCUUCCGCCGUCAAAUAGACAAUGACGUUUCAGAUGACGGUUCAUACUGGGAGCCUGAAGGAGCGGAAGCCAUGUAUAAUUUACCUGAAACGAAUGCCAACGAAGAUAUAGAUAUAUCCAAGAACGGAAAUGGAGAGGCAUAUGAAUCUGAUUCCUCAUUUUCUAGUGGCUACGAAACUGAUGUAAGCGGGGAGACUACAGACGACGAUUUGCCCAGCGAAUAUUACACACAGCCUCGUCACAGAACUGCUCACUCAUCUGAUAUAGAAUCUGAUGGGGAGAUAUCUCAUACUCCUCGCUUGUACUCAUGGAAACACACCAGCGAUAAGCCGUUUGCAACGGUGUCUAGCAAUUGCAAAAAGAUGGUACUAUUCAACGUAAGGGUCUCUCAAACAUCGAGCCUUCGUAAAAUCCUCCAACCGCCGCUCACUAUUGAGCCGUCUAGCAUAACAUGCUCUUCGCUGAUCAAUUCAAAUGCCGGAAGCCCAAUAUCGGCAGUGCAUCAAACAUUAAUCAACGAAGACUUAAACAAGAUUCUAGCCCUGGGGCCUCUAGAACCUUAUUACCCAUGGACCAACUCUACUGGGGACGAUAUUUUCUCUCAUGGCUCAUCAUCAUUAUAUGAUACCGACGCUGAAAAUUCAUUUACUGAUGCCACUGUUACCAACCUAGACGAAUUCAUCAAUUUUGAAUCGGAUGAGAAUACAAAAUGUGAUGAAAACCAAGAAGAGCAGUCUUCCGAUUCUGCAGAAGCCCGGAAUACUAUCCCCAAAAAGACUAAUGUAAUAAGUAACAUCAGCGAUAAUCAGGUUCAUCCACUGUUGUCGCACUUCAAUCGAGGCGUUGUUGGGUCCUGGCGUCAAAAGCAGAAUAUUCAUCAACUCCUCCACCGAAAUAUCGCAUCUCCAGAUAGUUUAGCUUUUGGUGGGAAUCAAUUCAUGGAAGGAACUUUGAAAGGGGUGAAGAGCGGCCGGUUAAGACACGCCAACACGCCCAUUACACCUGUUCGUAAGCAAAGAGCUAUGAGCGCUAUCACAAUGAAAACCAUCAGCCUUGCGACUACCGCUAAGAACAAAAGAAAGUAUGGCGAUGAUGAAGACGGUAAAGUGCACAAACGAAACCGAGCUUUGGUCUAA